AUGAUGCCCAGUACGAGUAUUGACCUAUUCCCAAUUGAAGUUCCGCUACCCACGACUCUCGAACAAAUCCGGACCUCAAAACUCCGCCCAUUCGGCUCUGUUCUCUCCGGCAUCGACAAGCAAUCUCGCGCUGGGAAAUUAUAUGUCUCAUCAAUCGGCUUGUCAGAAGACGAGCACGACCUUACUUUCCAUGGGGGAAUCGACAAGGCCAUCCAUCAAUAUUGCAUCGGUCACUAUGCCUUCUGGGGUAAAUUGUAUUCUUCGCCCGAAACCCGCGCGCGGUUCGUGCCCGGAGGCUUCGGCGAAAAUCUCGUUGCCGAUGGGUUUGACGAGGAUAACAUCUGUAUUGGUGACCUAGUGAGAAUUGGCCCCCCGGGUUCUCUUCUUACAGGUGGUAGCAAUGGUUGCCUUUUGGAGGUUAGCUUGCCGAGACAACCUUGCUUCAAGCUGAACCAACGGUUUGGAAUCAAGAACUUUGCUCCUCGAACUCACCAGGAGGCGAAGACUGGAUGGUAUUACCGCGUGAAGCAAGAAGGCUGGAUUGAAGAAGAGAUGGAAAUCCGAGUCAUCCAGAGGAGUCAUCCCAGAUGGUCCAUUGCUCGGCUGCACCAUUACGUCCACCGAGAUAAGACGGAUGUUUCCAUAACGCAGGAGCUCAUGGAAAUUGAAGAGAUGGGCGCCGAGUGCAAAGAUGUUUUCGAAGGGAGGUGGCAAAAGAUUCAAGAAAAGGAAAUUGCCACAAAGCAAACAUGGAGGGACUUCAAGAUUAAGUUCAAAACUCCGGAGACUCCGCGGAUUGUUCGGCUUGAUCUUGAAGCUGUCCUGAAGACCGAAAAGCCUAGUGACAUUGCUGCUGGCAGCCAUGCUGUGGUCAAACUACCCAACGGGCUGAAGCGGGCAUACUCCAUCGUCAGUGGAAGCACAAAUUCCUUUGUACUCGGAGUGGCUCUGGACGAUACUAGCCGCGGCGGGUCAAGUUAUAUCCAUGAAAGUCUCAACCCCGGAGAUAUUGUGUCCUUAGGAGCGGUAUCACAGAGCAUGUCUAUACACAAUAUGGCUUCACACCACAUUUUCAUCGUUGGAGGCAUUGGUAUCACCGCAUUUCUGGCCAUGAUGAAGCGACUUAUCGAUACCAACCAAUCAUUUCAUCUUCACUAUGCGGUCCGGAAAUCCGAUGAAGUCGCAUUUAGGCCCUUGCUAUCGGAGCUCGGUCCCAACAUUACCAUCUACGACAAAUCUCAGUGGCAGCGCUUGGACAUGUUUGAUAUAUUCAUGAACCGGACUUGGAACAGCCACAUCUAUAUAUGUGGACCGCAGCGGAUGAUAGAUGCGGGAAUAGAAACUGCCUCUGCUAUCAAAAUGCCUUCCGACGAGCUGCACUAUGAGGUCUUCCAAGCUGAUACAUCAGGAGACCCGUUCACCGUGGAAGUUAUCUCCGACGAAAGAAAAGCUGAGCUGCAGGUUGAAUCUGAGCAAACGCUGCUAGACGUCAUGAGAGAUGCUGGCUUCGAAAUAGGAAGCUCCUGCGAAACUGGAAACUGUGGAACUUGUCGAAUUCCGAUCAGAUGUGGAGAGGUACAGCAUCGAGGAUCUGCCCUCACUAAAACAGAACAGAAAUCCGAAAUGCUUUCCUGUGUUUCCCGAGGUGUUGGACACAUUGUUGUCGAAGUGCCCAAGUCUUGA